CCGAAGCCGGCGACUCGCCCCCGCGGAUCCGUCGGUGGCAGUCAGCUGGCGAGCGGCGGCGCGUCGCCGGCGGCCGCCGCCAGUCGGCCGAUGGAUACGGUGGGGUGGGGGUGUGUUCCUCAGCUCCUCGUGAAUGUGCUCUCCGGGAGGCCUGUGUGAGUGACCAGCGGGCUCGGUUGUGGUCACCUGCCGUGCCGUGACGUGUUGAGACGUGCCAUGGCGGACGUGGCCGUGCUGCGUUCGCCGCGUCGCGCGCACGACCUGACGCUGAGUGUGCCGCCGACCAGCAGCGCGGCUGUGAGUGCUGCCGUCAGCGUCAGUGCGGUCUCCAUCAGCAGUCGUCCCGUCUCCGACGUACACAUCGUGCCGAUCGUACACAUUGCCAACCAGACGGCCUCCAGUGACACCAGCUCGGUGGGAGCCGGCACGGUGCGCGGCCCUCCGGCGGCGCCGGCGCCGCGCACUCCCCCGCAGCGCCGCUCCAUGGACACGCAGACGGAGGCGCCGGCCGCGCCGGAGCCAUCGCGCGAGCAGCGGCGCCGGGAGCGCCGCGAGCGACGGGAGCGCGCCGCGCGCCGGCCGCCGCCGCCGCAGCCGCCGGCCGGUGGAGCGCCGCCGCAGCUGCCCGACCUGCUCAACUCGCACGUGCCGCCGCACGGGCCCACCAGCCACGGGCAGGCGCCGCCCGUGCCGCCGCCCUACUCGACACUCCCUCACGGCGCGACGCGGGGUCCGCCGCCGCCUCCGCCACCGCCGCCGCCACCCCCGCCGCCGCUGCCGUCGUCAGGACGGUGUCCGUAUGUGGCGCCUCCCGGCUCUCCGCAGAGGACGGCGCUCUGCUUUGGAGAUGGAUAUAACCUGGCCGGAGUCAGCGGGCGAAGACUGCCGUACCGGACAGAGGAGGAGGACCCCAAAUCGUGCUGCGGCCUGGUGGUCACCCAGUCCGUCUCCAUCCGGUGGUUCAUUGUGAUGAUCGCCUUCGUCGGACUCUGCUGUGCCAUCGUCGGCACCGUUCUAGGAGCUCUGAAGGCCACUGGACGGGAACACCUCACCGUGUCGCUGCUCAUGAUUGGAGUCGGUAUAGUGCUGAUCACCGUGUCGGGGAUCGCGUGGCGGCUGACCUCCCGCGACUCGCCCUCCUGCCGGAUGAUGCUCGGCCUCUCCAGACAGCAGGAGGAGCCCGAGUCACGCCGAUUCAUGCACAGGGUGGUGCCCGCCUACGGAAGACCGCACCAUCCGUAUGCAGCGAUGGUGUACCCCGAGUUCCAGUUCCGGCCGCCGCCGCCCAGCUACCAUGCCUCGAUGCAGGCGUACCGUCUGGGUCUUCUGUUGGAUCGACAUAACGCCGCGUCUGCCGCCGGCAACGGGGCCGUGCUGUCACCACCGCCCUCCUACCGACCCGGCACGGGCACUCUGAGGCCCGGUAUGAACACUCUGUCGGGCCACUCAGAGUACAGCCACCCACCGAGUUACCACUCCCGCCAGUCAUCUGCCAACCCCCAGCCGCAACAAGAACCGGCCGGAGUCUGCCACAGCCGCAACCCCAGCGUCCUCUCGUUUCUGUCGCACGAAUCUCUAGUGUUCGGCGCGCCGCUAGAUGGCAUUGCUAGUACGGAUGGUGUGAAUGUGAUCUCCGUUCUACAAACUGGGAGCUUGGAAGAUGGGAAACGCAAGCGAAGACGUGAGAAGAGAGAGCGAGAGAGUAAAGAGGGACGGCUAGAGGAGGAGGUCAAACGGGACGAUAAUCUGGUGACGAUUGUGCAGACGGACGGUGGUCACGUGACCGAGGACACGACUCCGCCGCUGGACGACACGGUCGGCCAGGUGACUGGGGACCAGUGUCACGUGACCCGCUCUAACAGUGUUGUGGUUACGGUCAGCGGUGCGGUAGGGCGAUCGGCGCAGACCGCUCCCACCUCCGACGGAGAGGUAGAAAUUGUGGCGCAUCUUUAGUCGGUGACGUCAUCGACCUGUGUGGUGACGUCACUGUGUACGGGAUGACGUCAGAGGCUGGCUGGCCAGUGCCAUUGUGUGUAGCGGCGGCGGCGAGGCUCGGUGAUCGCGCUGCCAUCUGUGGACGCCAUCGGGUACUGCUGCUUCCCGGCGGCACCGCCAGGCGGCGGGCAGAUCUCCCGUGAGGAGGCCUGUCCUGCGGCACUGUGUGGUGCCGCCGGGUUUUCACAGCUAGAUACCCGCUUCCAGGCUGUGGUGAGAGCAAGCUGGUGCGCAUACGCCGAGCCGAGCCGGCAACUGUUGUCAUGACAACCGCCGCUGGGUGCCGCUGCUGGACCCACCGCCGAACCCUGUAUUGGUACUCUGUUUAUGCUGUAUUUAUCGGGAUUAUCGCAUCGGGGAUUUGCUAUGAAGGGGAAAUUCCUACUGUAGGGGAAUCCCUUCACUAUCUAAAGGGAAAACGUCGCCAUGGGACAGUUGUAAAACCACAAUGCAGAGCGCUGAUAGUGUAUUUUUGCGUCAGGGUUCUUUAGCCGAAUGAGGUUCAUGUACCGUAUCACCGCCAGAACGUAUGAGCUCUGUAUGUAGCAGGGCUGUCAGUGUGUUUUGUGUAUGCCGUGCUGAGUGCAUUAUCAUACGUGGCGAAUGGACACGGGUAUGUGUGUGCUCCCGGGCGGCUAGUUCGCCGUCUGGCCGCCGGGCGGCGCCACGGUCGCCGGCUCUGUGUAACUGGGCGAUUUGUGCAGCAUUUGUGAGUGUCGUGUGAGUGACCCGUCGAUGCCCGAACACGUAUCAUGCCUUUCAUAUCACCAGCGCCUGCUGGCUGCCUUGUAUAGUCAUCAGGUUCGCCGCGCGGGCGAAACAAUACAUAUUUUUCAAAAGUG